AUGGGCACACGUAAUUCAACUGCUACAUUAACCGUAGUGCUGAUUAUGCUGCGGGUUGUUCUAGUACAUCCUCAAUGUAGUGCGAACCUCCAAGGAGACGAUUUCCUUCUCAACGGCAUCGACACUCGCAUCUACGCUAAACCCGGCGACAUCAACAUCGGCGCGAUCAUGCAACUCACCCACCCACUAGACGGUUUCACGUGCAGUGAGCAGGUGUUGACAGGUUCCACAGCGAUAGAGUACACGGAAUCGAUAGCAUUUGUUGUGGAGCAAAUAAACAAUCGUAAUGAUCUACUACCCAAUGUUACUUUAGGAUUUGCUAUACUCAACGACUGCGCGCUUCCUUCAAUAUCUUUAGCUCAGUCGUUGUCUUUUCUACCGUUAACCGAAAACAGAUGUCACGCUAAAGCGGUGAAGAAUUCGUCGUGUUAUGAAUGUUGUUCGGCUGGGUCUUCACAUCACGUGGAUGUUGUCGGAGUACUUGCCCCGUUGAUGAGUGUCUCGGUAGGUCCUGUGUCUUUUCUAUACACCGUAGCGAAAAUACCGAUUAUCGCUCCUACUGCCUCGUCCGACGAGUUCAGUAACAAAAACAAACACCCGUAUUUUUUCAGAGUUAUCGGCCCUGAUAAAUUUCAAGUAGAGGCCAUGUUAAAUUUUAUCUCUGAUAACGGUUGGACGUAUAUAUCUGUUGUUUACAUAGAAGGGACGUAUGGAGAACGUGCUUUUGAUAAUAUCAAGUAUUUAGCUCCGGCGUUUAAUAUAUGUUUAGCUACCUGGCAUAGAGUUAAAUACAACGAGAACACCGACCUAGUUGCCGCCGACUUGAUAGGUUAUUGGAAAGCUCGUGUCAUCAUAGCCUUCAUGGAUGAAGUCCCGUUCACAAAUUUAUUGACAUCCGUUGAUAAACUAAACGGCACCGGUAAUUUUUCAUGGAUCGCCAGCGACGCCGUGUCUUUAGCUUCCAGCGAUUUUAUGUCGCCUUUUAAAAGAAUGCUGGUGGGUUCGUUUUUUAUAUCGUUCCGGGUACCGGUUGUGGAUGAGUUCUACUCAUACCUUGAGCGCCUGAACGUUUUAAACUCGACGAAUCCCUGGCUAAAACCAGCAUGGGAGAGCCUGAACAAUUGUUCGUACGAUAGCGGAACGUGCAACAACAGUUUAAAUUUUCUCAAUACUUCUAAAUUUGAUUAUCUCAUUUUUGCAACGCUAAGCAUGGAUGUGGUCUUGGCUUUUGCUAACGCUGCUCAUAAACUUAUAUCCGAUUUAUGUCCGAAUGUAACCGGAAAAGAUGUACAACAAUGCGUUAAAAGUGAUGUUCUGUAUAAGUAUUUAAAAGGCGAAUCUUUUCAAGGAUAUAGCGGGGAUAUAAGGUUCGACGAAAACGGGGAUUCAAUAGGAAAAUAUGUUAUAUAUCAGUGGAGUUAUGAAAAAGUACAAAACAUUGACCGGAAAUUGUUUGAUGAAAGUGAAAAAGGACUAACGAAACAGGAAGUUGCGUAUUAUGAUACUGUUUCGAAAAAUAUAACUUACAGUGAUAAUGUUAUUUCGUGGGAUUAUUUUACAGUUUUUGAAAGGCUUAUUCCGAUAGAUGGGGACUCUAGUACCGUGUACCGACCGGAGUCUGUGUGUAGCCGCCCGUGUGUUGUGGGUGAGUACAAGAUCCAGAAAAACCCCGAGUGUUGCUGGGACUGCCGGACGUGCCGGAACAACGAGCGGAUCAUCAACAAAAACACAGCGUGCGAGGAAUGCCGGCUGUUCACCUGGCCGGACCCGGCUACCAACUACACCACCUGCAGCCCCAUCCCCCUCACCUACCAGGAAACGACCAGCGUGCUGUCUGUUCUACAGAUCAGCUUCGCCAUCCUGGCACUGGCCGCCAUCUUGCUCGUCAGCGCCUGUUACAUCCAUCUGCGGGAAAACCGCGUCAUCAAAGCGGCCAGCAGGGAGCUGAGUCUCCUACAGAUCGUCGCCAUCUUUGUCGGUUACUUCACCGUCAUCUGUUUCCAGACCUACCCGACACAGCACAUGUGUAGUGUGUUGUUCUUCACGUACUGCCUCAGUUUCGCCACCCUCUACUCGCCCUUGCUCGUGAAGACCGUGAGGAUUUAUAGAAUUUUUCACAACGCGACCAAAUCCAAGACCAAACCACGGUUCGUCAGCUCUCAAUCUCAGGUCAUAAUCUCAACGAGUUUAAUCCUAAUACAGAGUUACAUUAAAGCAAGCAAUAACACAAAUUCUAAAUUAAACUGGAAAGACAGCAAAAGUUAUCUCCCUGUUACGUACAAUGCCAGGUCAAUACGCCCUGGUUAA